UAAAAAAGCUGAUUAAUGCGCGUCCUUCGGGUCAGGCCGGUGCCGGGUUCCGUUACCUCGGCCGCUGCCUCGCCCCGGGCGGAGCCCGCCCUGGCCCGGCAGCCCGCGCGGGAGGGCCGCCGCCCUGCCGGGGAGUUUCCUCUUCCUCCGGCAGCGCGGCCGGGGCGGGAGGAGGAAGGGGAAGGGGCCGGGGCCGGGGCCGGGAAGGCUCCAGCGCGGCCGCCGCCGUCGCUGGUGCGGCAGGGGCGGAGCGGCGCGGGAGGCGGCGCCAGCGGCCGGCGGCGCCCGGAGUCACCGUGUCACGGCGCCCGGGAAGCCGUUGCCACCGGAUCCGCCCCCCGCAGGGCGAGCGAGGAGGCAGGAGGAGGAGAAGGAGGAGGAGGGAGGCCGGCUGCUCGCCGCCUCUUGUGUUUUCGCCCCCUUCCCGGCCCAGCCCCGGCCCCUCUCCUCUCGCACCGGGGCGGCGGUGGGGGGCGAGGCCGCAGCGGCGCCCGAGCUGCCCGCGGGAGCCCCGGGACGGGCCUGGGCCGCCGUCUCUGGACUAGGAUGUCCCGACAUGAAGGUGUCAGCUGUGAUGCAUGUUUAAAAGGAAAUUUUCGAGGUCGCCGGUACAAGUGUUUAAUUUGCUACGAUUACGAUCUGUGUGCAACUUGUUAUGAAAGUGGUGCAACGACAACAAGGCAUACAACUGACCAUCCAAUGCAGUGCAUACUAACAAGAGUAGAUUUUGAUUUGUACUAUGGUGGUGAAGCUUUCUCUGUAGAGCAGCCACAGUCUUUCACUUGUCCUUAUUGUGGGAAAAUGGGUUAUACGGAAACAUCUCUUCAAGAACAUGUUACUUCUGAGCAUGCAGAAACAUCAACAGAAGUGAUUUGUCCAAUAUGUGCAGCAUUGCCUGGAGGGGAUCCGAAUCACAUAACAGAUGACUUUGCAGCUCAUCUUACACUGGAACACAGAGCUCCUAGAGAUUUAGAUGAAUCCAGUGGCGUUCGGCAUGUACGUAGGAUGUUCCACCCAGGCCGGGGUUUGGGAGGCCCCCGUGCUCGUAGAUCAAACAUGCACUUUACUACCAGUUCCCCUGGUGGGCUUUCAUCUUCUCAGAGUUCGUAUUCUCCAAGCAAUAGAGAAGCCAUGGAUCCUAUAGCUGAGCUUUUGUCCCAGCUAUCAGGUGUGAGGCGUUCUGCAGGAGGACAGCUCAACUCCUCUGGCCCUUCUGCUUCUCAGUUACAGCAGCUGCAGAUGCAACUGCAGUUGGAACGACAACAUGCACAGGCAGCAAGACAGCAGCUGGAGACUGCACGCAAUGCAACCAGGCGCACCAACACGAUCAAUGUCAACACCACUAUGACACAAUCUACAACAACAACCAACACAUCUAACACAGAAAACAGUCAGCAGACUAUCCAGAAUUCCCAGUUCCUUCUGACAAGGUUGAACGAUCCCAAGAUGUCAGAAGCAGAGCGUCAGUCAAUGGAGAGCGAACGGGCAGACUGCAGCCUGUUUGUCCAGGAGCUCCUACUGUCCACCUUGAUGCAGGAAGAAAGUUCCUCCUCAGAUGAGGAUGAGCGGGGGGAGAUUGCAGAUUUUGGUGCUAUGGGCUGUGUAGAUAUUAUGCCUCUAGAUGUUGCUUUAGAAAACCUAAAUUUAAAAGAGAGUAAUAAAGGAAAUGAGCCUCCUCCACCUCCUCUUUGAUGACAUCCCACUUUGCAGACAAUGUCCUCUGUGCUGUAUUUGCCAAUGAAAGUGGACAACAACUAUCUUGGGUUUGUUUUGGUGAUUGUAAUUUCAGGUCUGUCACUCUUGUUACAUUGUGUACAUUCAAAAGAAAGAGAGAAAAGAUAUAUAUGAUAAUCAUUUCCACUUAACUAAUUUUUACUUCUAGCAGGUAAAUGUAGGUUGCAGUGCAGAGCCGAAGGCUCUGUGUCCUGUACCUUGACAUGCAAAAGGCUCUCCUAAUACUCCACAUUCAAACUGAAGAGGAAAAAAAAAUGAAAAAUCUCUAAUGAAGCUGCUGUGUGUAUUUAUGAAUAUUAAUGAAUAAAAACUGCUUGGAUGGUUUACCUUAA